AUGUCCGCUCUUCGCCACAGCGCACAUCAAGUGCUGAGCAGCGCAGCAUCCACCAGUCGACUCAGUCCAAGUAUCAUUCCGCCUCUGCGCUCUCAACGAAUUCCCUCUCCUUUCGCACCCAUCUCAUCCAUCUCCGCUUUCAGCACAAGCCGUCUGAUUCGAGCCGCAAAGGAUGACGCGAGUGGCGCGACGCCAGCAGAGGAAUCUGCAGAGACGAAAGAGGCAGCUUUUGGUAAAGGAUUGGGACUGAAAGAGACUGGAGAGGCGCAGAGUACGGGUAAAGGAUCGGCUGCUGGAAAAUCAGAGGCGGAGACCAAGUUGGCGGAAAGGGAGGCAAAGAUCAAGGAGCUGACUGUGAGUUGUCCAACAUCCCUCUGGAGGAUGUGGGAGCAUAGCACGCACACUUUCUCUCCGCUCGUCACUGCAUGCGCUGACGUACGUGCCUCCAUCUGCCACUUUUUUUUUACCACAUAGGAUCAAUUGCUGUAUGGUAAAGCGGACAUGCAGAAUCUGCAAAGAAGAUCGGCCGAAGAAAAGGCUCAAGCAUCAGACUUCGCCAUUAGCAAGUUUGCGCGGGAUCUGACUGCAUCGCUCGACGUCUUGGCUCUUGCCUUGCGGUCCGUGCCCGAAGCGUUGCGUCAAGCGCCAUCGGAAGUCAAGGACGCUCAAGAUCCUCGCAAAGCUCUAGCUGAGCUUUACAGCGGUGUAGAGUUGACUUCCAAGAGCAUCACCGAUAUGCUCGGUAGGCAUGGUGUGACCGUCUUUGAUCCUACGGGCGAAAAGUUCGAUCCGGCUUUGCACGAGGCCAUGUACCAGGCUCCCGUGCCCGGCAAGACACCCGGCACGGUUCUGGAAUGCUCAAAGGUGGGAUUCAAGAUCAAAGGAAGGGUACUCAGACCUGCGCAGGUCGGUGUUGUUCAGGAGACCAGCUAG